AUGUUGAUUGAAAAGUAUGUCGAUCUGAAGACCGUUUACACACCAACAGACAUACAAGCAGACAUGCUAAGGAUACAUGGUAUUUCAUUAACAUACAUGCAAGCAUGGAGAGGUAAAAAAAAAGCUUUCGAGACAUUAAGAGGUGACCCUGCCGAAUCAUAUGGAAAAAUUCCAACAUAUCUAUAUAUAUUGGAGAAGACAUAUCCAGGGACAAUUGUGAAUUAUAAAAAAACAGAUGAAAAUCGUUUUUUAUAUUCAUUUAUAGCACUUGAUGCAAGUAUAAGAGGCUGGGAGUAUUGUCGACCAAUAGUAGUCGUGGAUGGUACACAUUUAAAAUCAACAUACGAAGGCACAAUGUUGAUAGCUAGCACAUUAGAUCCAGGAGGUCACAUCUUGCCGCUUGCAUACGGAAUAGUUAAUUCAGAAAAUGAUGAUUCAUGGUUAUGGUUCUUUGAGAAUUUUAAAAAUGCAUUCGGUGAAAGGGAAGAUAUGUGCUUUGUUUCUGAUAGAAAUAAGAGCAUUUGGAAUGCUACUGCAGCUAUUUAUCCCGAAUUCAGACAUUACGCAUGCAUAUACCAUCUAUGGACCAAUUUACUAAAGAAAACAUACAGAGAUACAGAAGAGGUUAGACCAUUAUUCUUCAGUUUAGCAAAAGCUUACACUGUUCAAGAGUUUGAUGAAUUGAUGACAAGGAUGGAUCAAAUUAAUCCAAAAUACCAGUCACUAAAUAACGCUAUUCUAGUUGGAAGAAGGUUACCAGUGGUACCAUUGUUGGAAUUUGUUAGAAAAACAAUUGAAGCUUGGAAUGAGAAACACAACGAAGAAGGUAGAAAUACUACAACAACCUUGACAAGUAAAUACAAUGAAAUGUUGGAGGACAAUAGAAAUUUGUCUCAUCGUAUGCUUGUACGCGCAUCAACGAUACACCUUCAUACCAUUACAGAUGGUGCAAAAAGGUUUACAGUAUGUCUGAAUACACGAAUGUGUAGUUGUGGCAGAUUUCAGCAUGAUGAGAUCCCUUGUAGUCAUGCACUUGCAGCAAUCAGACAUAGGAAUAAACAUCGCGAUGAUUAUUGUUCAGCUUAUUAUAGUAAUAAAAAUUAUCAAGAUACAUAUGCAAUACCAAUUGAACCCUUGCCUUGCGAAAGCACUUGGGAUGUUCCAUCACAUGUCUUGGAAGAGGUAGUAUUACCACCAAUUACAAGAAAGCAACCUGGUAGACCUCCAAAAAAUGAUCGCAAAAAGGGAUUCACCGAAGGAGAAGGGAAGAAGAGGAAAUUAUACAGUUGA